GGAUAGGUGUGGGAGGUAGAACGUAGAGCGAAACAGUUGAUUUCUGAGAUGGAGCCAUCUGAUAUUUGUUGUAUCACCGAAAACCGUUCAGAUCGAUACCGGAAUCGUGGAGCCUUUUAUACCGCUUCCCAAACGCCAUUAUGAUCCUCGAGCCACGAUGCAGUCCAUACUCACUGAUCACAACAAGAACGCGACGGGCGUGUCGAAGAAAGUGUCCGGGAGUGAGCAGCAGGACGGAAGGGACUCCCCCGUGCCGUUAGAUUCGAGCAGCACCCCCUCCUGGGACGGAUCCUUGCCUGUGCCCGCAUGGACCGUCAGACAUGGUCCCUGUGUUGUCUUCGUACUGUCUAUCGUAUGUUUUGUGAACAGCCUGUGGGGAGGCUUUGCAUUCGACGAUUCCGAAGCAGUCGUCAACAAUGCAGACGUCAGGCUUGAGACCCCGGCUUGGAAGGUGUUCGAGAAUGACUUCUGGGGCACACGACUGCAACUUCCUUCGAGCCACAAGUCAUAUCGACCGCUUACCGUCCUGACGUUCAGGCUGAACUACUGCUUGGUUGGAGGCCUUUAUCCUUUUACAUUCCAUGCAACCAACGUUCUCCUUCAUGGCAUCGUAUCCACGCUGAGCAUCGCCGUAUUCUGCCGGCUGCUCGACGGAGCUCCUAAGGCAUCGCUACUCUGCUCAAUCUUGUUUGCAGUCCAUCCAAUACACACAGAAAAUGUAGCCGCUGUGGUGGGAAGAGCGGACCUGCUCUGUGCUUUGUUCUUCUUUUUGUCACUUCUGUGCUUUGCACAGGCAUGUUCUCAAGAUGUCAUCACACAGAAACCACAUGUCAUGUGGUUGUGGUUAUUUGGGUGCGCAGCCAUGGGCAUAAUCUCUAUGCUUUGUAAAGAACCAGGAAUCACCAUAUUUGGAGUAUGUUUCGUCUAUGACGUGAUCAUCGUAUGUAAAAUAGACAUUUCAUAUUUUUGGACAUCUCAAAGUAAAGUUUCAAGGACUAAGAAAUCUGUUUUAUCUUUAAUACAACGUCAAACAGCGCUAGCUCUAGUAGCAUGUGCUGCACUAGCACUGCGGUGGAGGGUCAUGGGAUCUGCGUCGCCUAUUUUUCAGAAGAUAGAUAAUCCUGCCUCAUUUGAAGAUAGUAUGUUGCUCAGAGUUAUAAACUACAACUACGUGUACUCCCUUAAUGCGUGGCUCUUAGUCCAUCCAUUGUGGCUCUGCUUUGACUGGUCAAUGGGCUGUUUGCCCGUUAUCCAAUCACUAUGUGAUCCUCGCCUGAUAGCGGUGGCGACUUUUUGGGCACUUGUGGCCUCGUUGUUGUACUCUUCUCUCUUUGGUAGGGACAAGAGAAGCUCUAGGGCUUUGAUAAUGGCAUUAGCACUAACUGUGAUUCCAUUUUUACCUGCAUCCAACCUCCUUUUCCGAGUUGGCUUCGUGAUUGCGGAACGGGUUCUGUAUCUGCCAAGCCUUGGGUUUUCUAUGUUAGUGAUAAUAGGACUUUCGCGGAUAGCUUCAGUUUUGAGGAACAGAAAGCUGCUCCAGCUUGCAAUUAUGGUUGUGGUUCUGACAUUUGCUGCAAGAUCAAUUCAGAGAAGCUACGAAUGGCAAUCUGAAGAAAAACUGUUCAGGUCUGGCCUGAAGGUAUGCCCACUAAAUGCCAAGGUACAUUACAACAUAGCAAAAAAUGCGGGCGACAACGGCCAGAGGGACCUGGCAAUAAAGGAGUACAGAGAAGCGUUGAAGUUGUAUCCCGAUUAUGACCAAGCUAUGAACAACUUGGCAAACAUCCUCAAAGACAUGGAACAGCUACCCGAAGCAAAGCUGCUCCUUGAACGCGCAAUUGAAAUCAGGCCUGACUUUGCUGCAGCGUGGAUGAACCUGGGCAUCGUGCAGUCAAGUCUAGGUCUGCUACGGGACGCGGAGAAAAGCUACGCGACUGCUAUCAGGCAUCGGAGGAAGUAUCCGGACUGCUUCUACAACCUCGGAAAUUUGUACCUAGAACAAAAACGGUACGGUGACGCGUACAACGCAUGGCGGAAUGCAACGGCAUUACGUCCCACUCACCUGGUCUCGUGGAACAACUUGGUAAUCAUGCUGGACAAUCAAGGCCUGGAAAGGGAAGCAGAACGAAUUGGCCUUGAGGGACUUGCUCAUUUGCCCUACGAACCAUCUUUGCACUUCAACCUGGCUAAUUCUCUUGGACGUGCUGGUCACUACCAGCGGUCUGAGCACCACUUCUUGCAGGCUAUCAAUUUCAGCCCAAGCAACCCUGCUUAUCACACCAAUCUUGGUGUGCUCUAUCACCGUUGGAAGAAGUAUGACAGAGCAGAACAGUCGUACCGUCGAGCGUUACAACUGAACCCUGACCUGAAGAGUGCCAAAGAAAACCUUGACAUGCUUUUGAAGAACACGAGGAACAAGGGCCAAGAUUCAUUAGAAGGGAAAAAGAAAGACACCUGAACAAAUUUUGUUUUUGCGGAAUAUGUGCAUAACAGUCCCCAUCUACCAAUCAACACUGUCGUAACAGAACUGCGACCGUUAGCACCUGCCACAUCCAGUCAAUGGCCGUGUCAGCCUGUGCUGACAUGAUUUACCACUCCUUGCCAUCUACAGAAAAGGACUCUUACCAUCACCAGCAAAAACAACUCCGACAUGUGUCGCUCACCAUUGUGAAGGUAUUACGGUUCCUUUUUUUACUUUUUUAACGCCUACAUUCCAAAUGUGCAAAGAGAAGUGUAAAACACACUUAUGUUACAUAUCUGCAUCAUACUGCCCGUCCACUCAUGGUUGCUUAGAAGUGCAAGUAGGCGGUUUAUUGUGCUACGAGAAUUGGGUGUAACAGAGACAAUAAAAUUUCUUAUUGAUUAUA